AUUACCAACACCUGCAGCUUUGGUUAUAUGCGCAUUUCUAACGUGCCUGGGCAUGACAUUCCUGAUAUUGGCCUGCGCCGUGCCCACACCCAAGAUCUUCUAUCCGUUCUUCGUGCUGCUCUUCUACGUGUUAUCAGUGCUGCCCGUCUUCAUAUCGAAACGGACUACCCCCGGCACCGAAACCAAUCCGAAAACAGAAUUUGCGCUCUUCCUUACGGCCGGCAUGGUGCUCAGUGCCUUUGCACUGCCCAUUGUUCUGGCCCAUUCGGCUGUCAUCGGCUGGACCGCGUGCACGCUGACGCUGAUAGGCAAUGUCAUUAACUACUCGACCAUGUUUGGCUAUGCCAUGCGUGAAGGCGAUGCGCCAUAUGGAGGCAUGUUUUAAGUGGAAGACCGUUUAGUUUUAGGCACCCGUCGGCGAUUUGCGGAUGUAGCAAUUUGGAAGCAUUUGGCUCCAUCAAAGACGACAGUCAAUCUCACAUUAAUAAAUAUAUUCACAAAACAAUUAA